UCUUACUCUCUUCCCCCCUCUCUCUUGCUUUCUCUAAAAGUUUCUGGUGAGGAAAGGAGAAGACGUUUGGAUGAUUUUGACUCCUCCAUCAGUGUCCUCUGGGGAAGACAUCAGUCGUGGCGUAUAGCAUCUUCUCUUAACACUGAGUCCAAUGGAUACAUUGUUUGGCCUACGUUUCAGACGGAAAGCCUGUGAGCCAAGUGGACCCAGGCUCUCCAGCGUGUCACUUGCAGCGAGUAAAGCACGCCGGCGCUCCAGCGUGGGCCUGCCGUCAGCAGGCCUGGCUCAGAGACGCAGGUCUAGCACUCAGCUCCAAACCAGCAACGUGCAGGUGGGGGUCUUACACCGCAGAAGAGGACACUUCACCAGGAGGAGGUCGAGCGGUGCAACAGCCUGCCUGACCCCACGGUUCGCUAUACGACGAAGACAGGCUGCCAAACACCAUAGCAUUCACGCCCAGCUCCUUGGACCAUCGCUGCUCUUGGCUAGCGUGGUGCAAAUGAGUGAAGAUCAUGAAACUGAGAAUAAGAGUGCAGAAGAAUACUCCUCUCUCUCUGAUAGUGACUGUAGCCAGGAGGAGCACAAGCAAGCAGGGAUGGACUUAGAGUUGGAGUCUGAUAAGUGUAUGACGUGGUUGGCUCAGGGUUUGAUGCCAGGAGAAAGUAUUCAGCCCCGUCCCCUCAUCCGUGCCCCACGUUGCCUGAGGCGAAAGUCCUCACACCUACUUCCUGCUGAAGCCAUUUACCGGAGCCCAGGCUCUUAUGGGCUGUAUGGCCGUUACCGUAGGACCAGUCAGGCACAGGGCCUGUCUAAUGUAGGUGGAUUGUGGGCAGGGAGGCGAAAUUCUCUUGCAGGUCCAGGAUCAGUUUCACUGUACAGGACGAGCUCCUCUUGCUGGCCAGAUCUCAGUCUUUCACACACACGGCAGGGAAUUUACUACAACCCACAGAUUGACACAUGGAGUGCAUUCCUCUCAAAGGCCAUUGCCAAGUCCGGUCUCCAGCACCUGUCAUGCCAGCCCAGUGCUGCAGUGUUGGCUAAGGGGGAAACCGACAGAGAAAUACGCAGCACAGUGGACUGGAGUGAAUCAGCUCUGUACGGAGAGCACAUCUGGUUCGAGACUAAUGUCUCUGGGGACUUCUGUUACGUCGGAGAACAGCACUGUUACGCCAAGUCCCUGCAAAAGUCUGUUGCUCGGAAAAAAUGUGCCGCUUGCAAGAUCGUAGUUCACUCCAUCUGCAUUGAACAGCUGGAAAAGUUAUUGGACUGGAAUGCUCCACCUCAAGGGGAGGGGCUUGAUGAGGUGCCUCUCAAAGACCCAUCAUUCAGAAUAAACUUCAGAUGUAAACCAUCUUUCAGGGAGUCAGGUUCACGGAACAUCCGGGAACCAGCAAUAGUGCGACACCACUGGGUCCAUCGGAGAAGACAAGAGGGCAAAUGCAAACAGUGUGGAAAGGGGUUUCAGCAGAAAUUUGCCUUUCACAGUAAAGAGAUUGUAGCCAUUAGCUGCUCCUGGUGCAAACAAGCAUAUCAUAAUAAGGUGACAUGCUUUAUGCUGCAGCAGAUAGAAGAACCGUGUUCAUUAGGAGCACAUGCCGCCGUUAUAGUACCUCCUACCUGGAUCAUACGGGUUCGCCGACCUCAGCCAGCAAUAGUGCGACACCACUGGGUCCAUCGGAGAAGACAAGAGGGCAAAUGCAAACAGUGUGGAAAGGGGUUUCAGCAGAAAUUUGCCUUUCACAGUAAAGAGAUUGUAGCCAUUAGCUGCUCCUGGUGCAAACAAGCAUAUCAUAAUAAGGUGACAUGCUUUAUGCUGCAGCAGAUAGAAGAACCGUGUUCAUUAGGAGCACAUGCCGCCGUUAUAGUACCUCCUACCUGGAUCAUACGGGUUCGCCGACCUCAGGUGGGCUGGAUUUUGUCCGCUCUUGAUCAGCUGCAGCUAAACCCUUCUCCUGCUGUGGCAGUACUUCCUCUGGGCACAGGAAAUGACCUCGCUAGGACGCUAAACUGGGGUGGGGGUUACACGGAUGAACCUCUGAGUAAAAUCCUGUCUCACGUUGAGGAUGGGAAUAUUGUGCAGCUGGAUCGAUGGAAUCUUAUUGUGGAGCCCAACUCAGAGGCGGGGUCAGAGGAAAGAGAUGAGCAGGUGACAGACAAGCUCCCUUUGGACAUCUUCAAUAAUUACUUCAGCCUUGGGUUUGAUGCUCAUGUGACUUUAGAGUUCCAUGAAUCCCGAGAGGCCAACCCUGAGAAAUUUAACAGCCGAUUCAGAAACAAAAUGUUCUAUGCAGGGACAGCGUUUUCUGAUUUCUUGAUGGGCAGCUCCAAAGACCUGGCAAAACACAUUAGAGUGGUGUGUGACGGCACAGAUUUGACCUCUAAAGUCCAGGAUUUGAAGCUGCAAUGCCUGGUCUUCCUCAAUAUCCCCAAGUACUGUGCGGGCACCAUGCCAUGGGGCAAUCCAAGUGAGCAUCAUGACUUUGAGCCUCAGCGUCAUGAUGAUGGCUGCAUUGAGGUCAUUGGGUUCACGAUGACAUCACUGGCCACGCUGCAGGUCGGAGGUCACGGUGAGAGGUUAAAUCAGUGUCGUGAAGUCACCCUCACCACCUUCAAGCCAAUCCCCAUGCAGGUGGAUGGCGAGCCUUGCAAACUAGCUCCAUCUGUUAUUCAAAUCUCCCUGAGAAACCAGGCCAACAUGGUGCAGAAAACCAAGAGGCGCACAUCAAUACCACUGCUCAAUGAUAGUCUGCAGCCAUUUCCAGAACGAUUACGGAUCAGAGUGAGCCGUAUCAGCAUGCAUGAUUAUGAAGCUCUGCACUACGACAAGGAGAAACUCAAAGAAGCUUCAAUUCCACUGGGUCUCAUCGUUGUCCCGGGAGACAGUGAUUUGGAAACCUGCAGAGCUCACAUCGAGAGACUACAGGAGGACUUUGUGUCGUGUCACCCAUCUCUGCAGCGGCUGGUGCUCCAGGAAGGUGACGGGACCAAAUUGAAGGCUUUGUCAUCUCAGAGGCUGUCGCCAAAAUGGUGCUUUCUCGACUCUACAACAGCGGAUCGAUUCUACAGGAUUGAUCGAGCUCAAGAGCAUCUUAACUACGUGACUGAAAUUUCUCAGGAUGAGCUGUUCGUUUUGGACCCAGAGCUGGUUGUCACAGAGACAGUCAGCACAUCGCCAGGCAUGCCAGACCUGGUGGACUCCUCUGGUGAUGCCCCGUCUGAUCCACGUAAAUUUGCCUUCCCAUCAUCCUCUUCUUCUCCACCAAACUCACCCGGACCCAGGGUUGCAGAGCUCCAAAGGAAGCGUGUUUCCAGUGACAGUUCUGUGGCAGAAGCACUUGCACACAGUGACUCGCUCAGAUCAGCCAAACCAGCUCUCAGCAGGGUGGGGGGUGUUCAUCGCUCAAAUACAACAGCAGCAGAUUUCAAACCUACCACCAGGUUUGAGAAGAACAACCUGAUCAAUGCGAACUCUGUGUCAGCUGACAAUCUAAUUGAAUGUGUUAAGAAGAAGGACCAUCAGAAGUUGAAGGAGCUGCAUAAGAAGGGGGCAGACCUGUGUGUGCUGGACCCUGUGGGCUGCACCCUACUCCACUAUGCUGUGGAAGUGGGAAGCAAGGAGAUCGUCAGAUACAUCAUUGAUAAUGCACCCACCGAUAUCCUGGAUGUAACGGAGAGAGAAAAUGGAGAGACGGUAUUGCACAAAGCAGCCUCGUUGUGUCAGAGGACAAUCUGUCAUUACCUAGUGGAGGCGGGAGCAUCGCUCAUGAAGACAGACUUACAGGGUGACACUCCAAAGCAUCGUGCCGAGAAGGCGAAAGAUGCAGAACUUGCGGCGUAUCUUGAGAACCGCCAGCACUACCAAAUGAUCCAGCGUGAGGACCAGGAGACUGCAGUUUGACCUUUAACCUCUCACCCUUCACCUCAACCGGUGUCCUCCUUUUUGUGCCAAAACAACAGUAACCAAAAAUGUAUCGCUAAACCCAUCGCAGGCUCUCAUGACUGCACGGCGGUGAUACAUUCCCAGAGAGGGGGAGAUGAUCGCACACUUUACCGUCUCUGAAGAGGUCCCAAGCUUUGGUCAUCAUUCUCUGAAUGACCUGUUGGACUUAAUGCACUGCCAAAACAUCUUAGAGUUUGUAUGUAUGCGACAGAAUGCAUUUCCCUCUAUGUUACUGCACUCAUCAAGCUUGCUUUUCUAGUUUGACAAUGCUGAAUGUUCAAUGAAAUGCAGUGAGGAUUUAAAGAUGCACGGGCUGGUGAGGACAGUGCUGUGUCUGUCUCUAGAGUUAUCACUGUCUGUAUAAGUGUACCUGGAGCGUUUACCGUAGACCCUGGCUCCACAGCUAGGUUUAGUAUUGCUCUGUUAUGGCUGAGCGUUAAUCUGGUUAGUGGUCCAGAACAUGAACCAGAACCGGAAACAACAUUUUGGUGAGCGGAGUUAUUUCCUAAUAACAUUAGAGCCAUUAAAUGAUAUUAUGUUAAUGUAUAAUGUAACUUUCUAGAUUCCCCUGCACUGAAAGUGUUCAGGUUGGUUCAAAGAUAGGAAUGUUUUCUGGGGUCUUGGUUUGAAGUAUCAGAACCAUUUAGAUAUUUUUCAGGCGUGUUAUUGGAAGGAUUUUGCAUUUUCAUAGAUUUCUGUGCUGUUUCUAACAUUAACAUGUUAAUAACAUUCGGUACUGUAAAUGUAUGCUGUUUAAGAGGCGUUUGCACUGUAGCUUUGAUUGCCUUCUUUAUUCUAUACUCUGGAUUUAUAAUUGAUGUACUAAAAUAUAGCUUCUUUCCUACAAUAUUUUUAAGUAAAUAGAUGUUUAUAUAAUUUGUAGCUAUAAAAGAUGUUGUCAUGUUUGUAUUAUAAAACUCUGUAAAUUAGAUUUUGGUUUAUGAGAGUUGAGAACAGGUCUCUCUGUAAUUCAG